GCCACGCAUAGCGUGGGUUAUAUAAACUAGUUCCACGCUAAUUCUCACCCCUUUCCUUUCCUUUCCUUUCCAUCUCUCUCUCCAAUCACCGAUUCUCACACUACCGCGUCCUCAUCUCUGUAGAUUUUCUUCGCUCCUCUAGCUCUAAUUAAGGAUUGGGGAUGCAAGUAUUGUGAGUGACCAGAAUCUAUAUUUUCUGCUGUUAUCUAGCAAUUGAUUAGAGCAAUGCGAGGGUAUGAAAAAGAUGAGUACGAAGACUGGGAUGAGUAUGAGGAAGAUGGAGAGGAGCAAGAAGAGGAAGAAGGUGGUGAUGAUGGUUAUGAUGAAGUUCAUCAGCCCACCCAGGAGGAGUUGGAUUAUCUUGCUAUCAGGCAAAAGUUAAAAGAAAAAAUCAGAAAGAAGAUGAUGAAGGAUGCAAGGACUGCAAACCCUAGUUCCCGUGACAAAGUGAAUGCAUCACGAAAAGACAACUAUGGUUCUUUCUUUGGGCCUUCACAGCCAGUUAUUGCUCAGAGGGUAAUCCAAGAAAGCAAGUCCUUGUUAGAGAAUCCAGAACUGGCAGCAAGAUUUUGUAAAACUAGCCAUAAGGAGAAGAAGAGCUUUGUUUCAGCUCCUGUCAGUUCAAAACCUCAAGCCAACCGUCCACCAAGUAUUAAAAAAAAAGUCGAAAUGCUUAAAAAUACAAGAGACUAUUCAUUUCUGUUAUCAGAAGAUGCUGAGGUUCCAUCCUCCACAAAAGGUCCACCCCCAAGAAAUGUAUCAGCCCCCAAGUCUGAUGCACGAUCUGCUGAAUCUAUACCAAGGAGCAGACCGGUGGUGAAUGGUCGUGAAAGAGAAGUCUCGAGCGGUCGGGAUGGCAGGAAGCCUAUGCUUCCAUGUAGCCAAAGCAAAUCUACAGUUGGGAUGGAUAAGUUAGCUCAAACUAAGAAGCCAUCUACAGAAUCUAGGAAACAAUUUGGUAACAAUAGUGGAAGUGGGCCGAGUGGGCCCGGUCGGCCUCUAGGACCCAAAGUCGCACCUGCUAGAAGUUCGGUGCCUACUACAGCAAAGUUGACCCAACCUGUUACAAAAAAUGUUAUUUCUGGUGUACGUAGACCAACUUCUUCACCUCUCCAACCUGUUGCACGUAGACCUACUCCAUCAAAUUUGCAAUCUGGCAAUAAUAGACCUACUCCUUCGCAUGGUCAGCCUUCGACUUUGAGAAGACCUGUACAAAAAGACUAUCAUGAGACUAGUAAGCCCAAGGUUAUUAGUAGACAGUCAUUGCCUUCCUCUAAGGUUCAGUUGAAGAGAUCGCCUCCAAGACACCCACCACGUGCUACUUUACGGGAUGAACGACCAAAGGCAAAACCUAAGAGGCAGCUGCGAGAUGAUGAUUCCGACGAUGAUAAUGCCAUAAAUAUGAUCAGAAAAAUGUUUGGUUACAAUCCCAAUAAGUUUCGAGAUGAUGAUGACACUGCUGAUAUGGAGGCCAAUUUUGAUGAUAUUAUGAGAGAGGAGAAACGAAGGUCUGUGAGAUGCACCGAGUUUUUAGUUUGGUUCAUUAAUAUACACUGGUUCAUUUUCUUUUUACAUUUUUCAUGUGAUGGUGUUAUCAUAUACAUCAUCUUUAAUCAUGUAGGAAAUUCAGACCCAUAUUCUUUACUAUAUCCAAGAUGUUAAAUGAUUGUUCUUUAUUCCUCUUAUUCUUUCCACUAUUUUGAGACGAAUAUUUGUAUAUCUUUGAUGUUAAUCUGAGUAUGUUGUUUUGGUCUGGGCACCCAGCUGUCUCUCUUGAAUUUGAACUCUGUUGACAUGUUAUGUUUGGUGGUCCAGUGCAAGAAUUGCGAAACAGGAGGAUGAGGAACAACUCCGGCUGAUUGAAGAGGAAGAAAGAAGGGAAAGGUUGCGGCAGGCGAAGAAGCGCAAGAUGAGCCAUUAAAGAGUGGGGACAUCGUAAAUAGAUAGAGAUGACAUAAAGAUAUAUGGAUCGAAGUUUGUUAUGGUUCAAUUGCUCUUUGCUUUGGUGGCUACAUGAAUACUUGUCUGACCCAUCAAACUCUAGGGGACUUGUUAUGAAAUAGUUAUCAUUCAUUCGAUUUGGAUUCUUUAUUUUCCUUCCUUUUUAAGGCAAAUCCGGAGUUCAUCA